AUGAAUGGUGGAAACAAAUUAAAUAACAACAAUAAUAAUAGUGCAUUAUCUCAAUUGUCAUCAUCUUCUUUAUUAAAUCCAUCUUCCUUACCAUUACAGAAUGGAGUAGAGGAAAGAAAUAUUAUUUUAUUAUCUCCGUCUUCACAAUCCUCUUCCCCCUUUCCUUCAACAUCUCCAACUCCUUAUAGGGGGAAACAAAAUGGAAAUUCUAAUGGAGGAAUAUAUACUCGAAAACAUAAUAAUGGUAUUAAUAAUCAACCAAUGGCACUAUUUUUGCUUCGACAGCCCGAUCAACGAAUUUUGCCUGCUGACCAAUUUAUUCAAUCUCUGAGUGAGAAAUGUCGUGAAUCUAUAAGAAAAUUUUUGGAAAAAGAAUCUCCAGAUGACGGGGAAUGUUAUUUAUGGGUACGUGAUGAUGUUAAUAUGAAGACAAAUAUAUUAUCGCUAACUUUCCUUCAAAACCACUUCAAAAGUGAACACAUUCGGCGUGUUAAAUGGCGGCAUUUAUCAGUUGAUAAAGUAUCAAUUUAUCGUUAUUCAUUGCCUGUAAUUACAACAAAAUUUCGUUUACGUUUUGCACAUUUUCUUUCACGGCAUUAUAGAUGUUGCAUUUUGGGUGUUUGGUGCAUGGUUAUUUUGUGUAUAUCUGUUGGAAUAGUUCUUUCUGUUGUUUUUGGUUCUGUUCCAAAUUCACAAAAAUCAAAUGGGACAUCAAUUAUUCCAAUUCAACCAGUCAUUCAACGAAGUGGAGGAUUUAUGGAAGAUGCUAUAGAAAUGGAGCAACAACAAGCUGUGGAAAUUAGAAAUUCAGAUACUGGACAAUUAAUUCCACAAUUUGUUGGAUCACACAGAGCACAACCGCCGGGAGUGCCUCGAGGGAUUAUUAACAUAAAUGGAAAAAAUGUAGAUAGGGAAUUUCAAUGGUUAGAUGAUAGAAAGAAAAGAAGGAGAAAAUAA